AUGCAGGACAUCUAUACGGCAUUCGAGAUGGACCAGGACUUGCAGGAAUUGCGGGACGCCACAGCGGCCUUCCUGGCCGAUCAAUAUGAUGAUGGUGCUUACGUAGCCACUGCAGACGACAUUGCUGAUCUAGAGAGGGCCACUGCGGCUUUCUUGGCCGAUCGUGCUGACGGGGAGCAGUUUCUUCUUCCAGCCUCUGUAGCAGUGGAUCUUGUUCGGGCUGAGCCUAACAGAUCCGAGAGCAUCAUCGAUCUGAUCGAUGAGCAUCUAUAUGCGCAGAUGGCUUUCGAAGAUACACCCUAUGAUUCUCUCGUAGCCGCUGCUCUCAUGACUAUUGAGGUCCCACAAGUUGUGUUCACAUCGUUCGACGAUAUUCUAGGCCCGAACUCCUUGCCAGAGACACCCCAGCUUCCGGAUGGGUUGGAUCGGCUGCUUGACUUGUGCGAUGACACUGACAGCGACAACGACGACGACGACGAGUCGGAUGCAGGAACAGAAGUAUAUGACAUGGUCUUCGAUGCACCCGACGCGCUGUGCCCCUCCCAAGCAUCGUAUGCGGCUUCAUUCUUUGAUACUAUCACGGAAGGACUCGUGCCUUAUGCCUCGCUCGACAGUCUUUUGCAGAUGAAGGAUCGAGAUGAGCAGCCAUUAUGGCUGUAUCGAGAAGAAGAGGAUAUCGUGGAUUUCGACGAGGGCGGUGCAUGGAUGCACAACGACGGCGAUGAGCUGCUGGAUCGGCCUACCACUCGAACCGUUAGGCAGAGCGCGUUGCACAUCAUCACGCACCUCCCAGUGAUUCUGGAGGAAGAAGAGCUAUACUCGGCUGUCUCAGACUUGUCGAUGGAUUUCGCAGACUAUCAAGGGGUCGUGGCGCCGCUGGCAUCUCGACGGGAAGAUUCCCUAGACGACAGCUUUGAGCAACUGACUUACCUAGCUAUGCCUGCAGCAGCGAUAGAAACAGUGAACGUUAUGCUGGUCAUGACCGACGACUCCUCCGUCAGCGACCUGACAGCUGGAUCACAUGGGAUGACGGCCUUUGAAGCUUUCGACAACAUGUUCGCUGACGCCAUCUGGGACAAUGAACCGGAUCUCGAGCUGAAGUUUAGUGGCGAGAUUCUGAAUGACGCUGAGCCGUGGCUUUGCAUAUACUAG